UGCCAGGUCUAUAUUCAUCAGUAUCCAAAGAUUCUAUCUUAUAUUUUUAUGUUAGCAAGUGUGUUCCAUUCAUUCAACCGUUGGUUGCCCAGAUCAACAUCACGGAUUCCAAUGUUAAAACAAAUUGUUUGUUUGAUGCAACAUCAUUGAAAAGCUAACAGCAAAAUUCGAAAAACCUGGACCAAACCCAAACCAAUAUUUGAUAUUUGAUGUUCAUUUCUUCGUCUACAAAAAAAAAAUCUGAUCUUUGUUCGAUAUUUUUAUUGAAAUUUCACCUGGUUUUUUUUCACCAUCACCUGUCAUUUGUACUCACAUACUCAGUUAUAUCGGUUGCUUGGUUCGAAUAUUCGAAUGUUCGAACAAGUUCAAAAUACUCGUCACUAUUGACUUUAUAAUUAAUAUAAUAUAUACAUCGAACUUUCAAUUCAUUCGAAUUUGUGUGUGGUUGUGUAUGUGUGUCUGUUUAAGACUUAAACUUAAAGUGAAAAGAAGCUUGAAAGACAAAUUGAAUGUGCCAAAAAAAAGCCAUUUCAAUCGAAUCGUUCAUCACGAUCAUCAUCUGCUACAUCUGUUUGGAAUUCAGAUUAAUUCAUUCUAUUUAUCCUUUUCAACGCUGAAAAAAAAGAUAACCACAAAAAAAACAAUAAUUCCGAAUAUCGAACAAGCAACAUUUGAAGAGCAAUUAAUCAACAGAAAAGUUGCUGGUGAUAUCUGAUCGAAAUUAUAUUCAAUAAAAAAUGGCUGAAGGCGAUUCCAUUACAAUGGAACAGCCAACAUCCGAUGCAUCGACAGCCGAUAUAAGUCAUCAUCAGGAUAUGAAUGGCCAUCAUCAGGAUCGUUCACCAUCACGUAGUACAGGUGGAGUCAGUGGUGGUCCUAAAAAAUCGAAAACAGGAACAGGAACAUCGACAACAUCGGGUAAUAAUAAUAAUAAACGUGGUAGCCAUUCAAGUAUGGCCAACAUACAGGUUAUUCUACUUGAUGAUGAAGAAUUUUCCUGUGAAGUUGAUAAAAACGCCCGAGGAGAAGACGUAUUCAAUAAAGUUUGUGAUUAUCUAAAUUUACUUGAAAAAGAUUAUUUUGGCCUUUCAUUUCGUGAAAAUGAUGAUUCAAGAAAUUGGCUCAAUUUAGAAAAACGAAUCGGGAAACAAUUGCGAAAUACUUCAUGGCUUCUACGUUUCGAAGUGAAAUUCUAUCCGCCUGAUCCCACACAAUUACAUGAAGACAUAACUAGAUAUUUGGUCUGUCUUCAGAUACGCAAAGAUAUUCUUUCCGGACGUAUUCCUUGUUCAUUCGUCACACAUGCCAUUCUUGGUUCAUAUUUAGCUCAAUCAGAAUUGGGUGAUUUUGAUACUAGUGAACAUGAUGAACAGGGUCGUUAUUUAAACGUAUUACAUUUCGCUCCAAAUCAGACCCCUGAAUUAUUGGAAAAAGUUUGUGAAUUACAUAAACAACACCGUGGAAUGACAUCUGAUGAAGCUGAUAUACAAUAUUUAGAGAAUGCAAAAAAGUUAGCCAUGUAUGGUAUUGAUCUACAUCCGGCCAAAGAACAAUCUGGCCUGGACAUUAUGAUAGGUGUGUCAUCGUCCGGCCUACAUGUAUUUCGUGAUCGUUUACGUAUCAAUCGAUUCGCUUGGCCUAAAAUACUCAAAAUAUCUUAUAAACGAAACAAUUAUUAUAUCAAAAUUCGCCCUGGAGAAUUCGAACAAUAUGAAAGUACUUUAGGUUUUAAGUUGGCCAAUCAUCGUGCAGCGAAACGUCUUUGGAAAACAUGUGUAGAACAUCAUACAUUUUUCCGUUUGAUGCAACCAGAACCGCCAGCACGCACAAAAUUAUUCUUUCCACGUUUUGGCUCGAAAUUUCGUUAUUCAGGCAAAACACAUUAUCAGACCAAAAUGGCUAGUGAUCUAAUUGAUCGUCCUGCUGUGAAUUUUCGCCGAUCACUUAGUUCCCGUCAUCUAACAAACACAACACGAUCCGUUGAUGGUGUUUAUGGAAUUAGUAGUAUGGAACGUUAUCGUUCAUCACCUGCAUUACGAUCACCAUUGGGUGAUCAAUCAAAUAAUGAAGCCGAAUAUAAUGGCCGAAAACGUAUCUCAUCCACAACCUAUAAAUCACGAAUCUUAGAUUCUUCUGUAGCUACUGCAAAACCGUCUUAUCCUUUCCAAGGAACACCACGAUCAACAUAUGAAAGUUCAACAUUGGAUCGAUCGCCUAAAAAAAUUCGCCACGGUCAACAACAACAGCCACAUUCGACCAAUUCAAUGGAAACAAUACCAGCAUCAAUAAAUAAUCGUUAUUCAGCUGCAUUUACUGCAUCCGGUGUAACAAGUCCAACAUCACCUACAUCAGCUAUCGAUGAUUCAACGUAUGAUCAACAACCACGUAAAGGACAACAGCAACGAAAACCGGUGGGUGGUAUUGCCGUUUUGCCACCAAUGGAAAUGAAACGUAUUGAAGAUCAACGGCGAACACCAACAUCGCCAAAUGAAUCGAAAUUAAAAUCACCAACAUCACCAUCUGAUGGUCAAGAGCCAUACUCUUCACGUUCAUUAAAACAUCGUCAAGAAUUACGCGAAGAUUUUUUCACUAAUGAACCACGUAAAUUGAUAUCUACAUCCAUCAGUAAUGGCAAUCAAGAUCCACAUCAUCAUCAUCAUCGAGAUGAAGGUACCGGCACUGCAACAUCACCAACUAGUUUUAGUUUCCGUAAAUCUCAUAAAUCUCCGUAUGUACGAGAAUACACAUAUAAUGACGAUUCACCACAAGAUGGACAACAAACAUCUCGUCCUCGUAUGAUCGACCCACGGGAACAUGGUUUUAGCUAUAUGGAUGCCAUUGGUGAUCAACGAGGCACUACAACCACUUCCCCAACAGCAAUUCGAUCACCAAACACAGCCCGUAGCCCGACCACACCCACUACUAGUGGUCAACAAUUACGACCUGUUACCGGUUUAGCUUUUACUUACAGUCCUGAAACAAGUGGUCUGCCCGAACAGCCUCCAUAUAGCAGAUCAUCGACAACAUCAAGAUCAAAAACUCCGGCAGCAACAUCAACAAUAUCACCAACAUCAGCAGCUACAACAAAACCUUUAAUGACCAAGGCAGCAGCAGCCCCACAUCAAUCACCAAUUCAUCAACAAAAAUCAUCGUCUAUGGAUAGGAAGCAGCAACAAUCAAAAACUAAAUCGACAAUGUCAACACCUGAUACAUUCGGCAGUGGCCGUUUUUCUCGUCAAUCGAAAGAUUCCAAAUUGGAAGAAUUAUCCAGUGAAUCUUCCAUUUCCUCAUCAUCAUCUAGUUUAGAUCAAUAUGAAAAAGAAAGUUAUGCAGAACCAACCAAUACUGCCGGUGUAUCCACUAAAUUUCCACCAUCUGGAAUGAAAACCAAGCCGGCAUUAUCACCGAAACCUCAAAAUAUUGAUCGCUCGUCGGUACCUAUUUCACCUGGGCAGCGUUCAUUGAAAUCGCCACCACCACCGCCUACUAAACCGAAACCAGCAUCCAUUUUUGAUUAUCAAUCAUCCAAUAAUCGGCCUUCAUCAUUUCAUCAACCCCAUCCACAACAAGAACAUGGUUAUUCAGGACCAAAAAUUACUCAUGCAAGUCGCAAACGUGUUGUAACUAAUUCUGAUGGUUCUACAUAUGAAACAGAAGAGAUUCUUGAACCAUCAUCCAUGACAUCGAUGACAACAACUAAGCCAAAAGUUGUGGGCGUUGUACCGUCGACGACAGCAUCAACGACAACGGCAACUUAUUCACGACCAGAACCGGCUCGAUUCCGUUUGAGUGGAACGACGACUCCAACAUCGCCACCAACUUAUCAUAAUCAUAGUCAAGAUUAUAAUGCCUAUUCAACAACCCAACAAAUUGGACCGAAAGGUUCAACAACAACAAAAAUUGUUGAAGCAUCCGAAGAGGAUACAAAAGGUUAUCAUGGACAAAGUUCUGAUGGCCUUGCCAAAACCAUUUAUGAGGAACGAACUAAAUUAAAACAUAAACAAGAGAAUAUAACAACAGCUAAAAUGAUCGGUGAUAGUGGCGAUGAUGCAGCGCAAACUUCCGGUAUUAAACCGAAAUUUGGUGCAUUAAAUCAGCCAAAAUCGGUACCAGUUAUUGCUACUGAAACCCGUAAAGUUGCUUAUACUGAAACAAAGCCUAAAUCAAAACCAUCAUCAUCAUCAUCAUCAUAUACGCCUCCACCUCCGCCCCAAUUUGCUAAUGAUAAUAAUAAUGAUAAUGGUAUCACAGCUGAAGAGCUUCAUUCAAUACCUGGUCUUGAGAAUGUUGAUCCGGCCGAUAUCAUUUCAUCACAAACAAUUUCAUCUAAAACACGUACAGUAGAAACCAUAACGUACAAAAUGGAAAAAGAUGGUGUUGUCGAAACACGUGUGGAACAAAAAAUUACCAUACAAUCAGAUGGUGAUCCCAUUGAUCAUGAUCGUGCAUUAGCCGAUGCCAUACAAGAAGCAACAAUGAUGAAUCCUGAUAUGACUGUGGAAAAAAUUGAAAUACAACAACAAUCCACAAUUCAAUAAGAUAUUUGAAGAACAUCAUUAUUGAAGAAUAAUUCAAUUUCAACUAACCAUUACACAAACAUCUACACACCCACUUACACAUGGAAAAUGGGCAAUCAUACAGACAUAAAAUACUUUAAAUUUAUUAUUAUUCAA